AUGGCCGCGCCCAAGAUAAUCGUCCUCGGCAGCCUCAAUGGCCAGCUCGAACCGGCGCUCCAGAAACUCGCGACGCUCCAUGCCAAGAACAACUUCUGCCUCGCAAUCCUGACCGGCGAUGUCUUCACGCCCGCGACAAGCCCCGAGGUCAUCUCAUCGCUGGCAGAUGGAACCCUCCACUUUCCCCUUCCAACCUACUUCACCGUCGGCACGCAACCCCUGCCCGAACCCAUUGCCGCCAAGGUCGAGGCCGACAAGGAGAUUUGCCCAAACCUUCACUUCCUCGGAAAGCGCAGUGUGACCAACACUUCAGAUGGAAUUCGCAUCAUCGCUCUUGGCGGUCUUCUCGACGCCAAUCUGGUCGGCGGUCAGUCCAAGGAGCAACACCUCCCGUUCCACACCGAGGACGAUGCCAAAGCGCUGCGUGGUGCCAAUCGCGCCGACAUCCUCCUGACGUCCAUCUGGCCGGCCGGUAUCUGGAACCGCUCCCAGGUGGCUCUCGAACCGUCUCAGCAAGCGGCUCUCCAGAGCACCAAGGCAAUUGCUGACCUCUGCGCCGCCCUCAAGCCUCGCUACCAUCUCUCGGCGUCUCCGGGUGCAUUCUUCUACGAGCGCGAGCCGUUCAUGCAUCCCUCGGAUGAAGACUCGGACGCGAAGACCUUCACUCGAUUCAUCUCUCUGGCCCCCUACGGUAACGAUUCCAAGGCCAAGGCCAUGUAUGCAUUCACCCUGAACAAGACAGACACGGGCCCGCCUCCGGGGUUCACGGGCUCCCCUUUCGCCGCCCAACCGAGAAAACGGCCGAGGCAUGAUGAGCCUUACAGUCGGUUUGGCGGAGGCCACCACGACGGUCGGCGCGGCAAGCGACAUCGCGCGUCUCCGCCUCCCGGCCCCGAUCGGUGCUACUUCUGCCUCUCCAAUGCCAACAUCUCAGUGCACAUGUGCUGCAGCGUCGGCGACGAGUCCUACAUCACCACGGCCAAGGGACCGCUGCCCACGUCUGCGACCUUUGCGGAGCAGGGGCUAAGCUUUCCUGGCCACUUCAUCAUCAUACCCCUCCCUCACGCACCUACCAUUGCGAGCAUUGGGUCCCUGCCGGACCCGGCGAGCGAGGCGGUCCGCACACUGCAUGAGAUGACCCGCUUCCGCGAAUCCCUCCAAGCCAUGAUUUCGGCCAAGUCAUCCCACAAGCUGGGCACCGUCACGUGGGAAAUCAGCCGCGAGCGCAACGUGCACGUCAUCUGGCAGCUCGUCGCCAUUCCCGCAGAAAUGAUCCAAAAGGGCGUGGCCGAGGCCGCCUUUCGCGUCGAGGCGGAGAACCAGCGGUACCCAGCCCUGCUCACAAAGGACCUCUCUCCCGGGCAGCAGGCCGACUACGGCGACUUCUUCCACGUGUGGCUGUGGGCCGAUAACGGCGAGGACAAGAUUAAGGGCAAGUCUCUCGUCAUGCCGCUGCCUGCUGAUCUGCGCUUCGACCUCCAGUUCGGCCGCCGCGUUCUGGCCAAGUUGCUCGGCCUGGAGGACCGCUUCAUGUGGAAGGCCUGCGAGCAGACGGUCGAGGAGGAAACCAAGGACGUCGAGGCUUUCCGUGGGGCUUUUGGGGAAUGGGACUUUACGCUGAAGUAA